AUGCCACUGAAACUAUCAGAGAAGAACCCACUUCCUCCAGCAUCUCAGAUUCCAGGGCUCAAUGACCUUGCAAAAGCUUCCCAUGAAAUGCCAUCUGGGUGCCGCAGGAAGUGGAUCAAAGAGACCGAUUCAGCCUACGUCAGGCUGGCAAAGCAAGGAGGCCAACCUGACCUACUGAAGCACUACAGUCCUGUGAAAAUGAAGUCCUCUCCAGCAGCGUAUGCUUUGCCUGACUGGUACACGCACUCCUCCAAUCCCCCAGCAGUCAGUGAGCCACGGAGCUAUGUUUCCUCUCUACCAGGUUAUAUGAUUCACAGAGGGUUUAAGGCUGGUGACCAUCAUGGUAACAGUUGUGAGCCGAGAAGAGGGCCUUUUGAUUUUGAUGUGAAAACUGUUUGGCAGCGGGAUGCUGAGGACAAAGAAAACACAGAGAAAAAGAAGGUAAAGCUCCCAGCUAUAAACCCUAAAUAUCCAAACAGAAUGCCGAAUGUUUCCACAAACAAGGAAUUCAGUGGGGAAAAUAAGCUCUUCUUCCCACCUAUGCCUGCUCAGAGAAAAAGAGAAGCAGUAAACUUCAGCAAAUUGAUUAGCAAUGGUUAUGGGACCGAGUGGUUUCAGCAGUGUACUGGAAGGGAAAAAAAGAUUCAAGAAACAGCGGAAAAUAGCGAGCAGUCCAAAGAUUCAGAGCCAUCACAGUCUGAAUCAGCACCUGCAAGCAACAAAUCAAAGCCACUGUUUCAGGGUUGUAAUAAGUAA